AUGCCACCACGAAGAAGAAAGGCUGCAGCCACCACCUCUCGCAAACGAAGAGUGGUGAGAAGAAAGAAAGUGGAAGAAGAACCAUCAGUGAUGAAUGAAACUCUUCAAGAACCUCAUCAUCAACAACAACAACAACAACAAACCGAAUUACACUCUGAAAUACAACCACCACAAGAACAACCUCCAAGCUCCAAACGAUCCUCACGUAGAAAGCGUAGCCAUAAAAGUACUACUACUACUGGUGGUGUUGAUGGUGCUAUUGGUACUAUUGGUGCUAUUGGUACUAUUGAACAAAAACUCUCAUUCCGUGAUGAAGACAAUAUUGAAAUUGAAAUUCCUCGUUCCGAAGAUUUGUUAGAUGAUCAUGAAUCAGCAAAGGAAUCUGAUGCUGAAACUCAACCUCGAACGCCAUUGACUCAAAUCUUACGGAAGAGAACUUUUGAAUCGUGUGAGAAGGAGAAUUUUCUCAUGUCUGCUUCCAAGGUGAAGGAAAUGUUAAUGGAUCAAGAACAAUUAAACUUCAUGAAAGAGUCUUUCAAACAAGAAGUGAAAAACAGAGUGAACAUGUUAAUAGCCUUUACGAAGAGUCAGUGUUCUCGAUUAGAAAUGGAGAUGAAAAUGAAGAUUGCUGCUCUUCCUCGUGAAAUUAGAGAGAUGAAACUUGGUGAAUUCCAAGAGCGUUAUAAUGAAGAUAUUGAACAAUUUAUUGGCAAGCAAGUGAGUGAUAGUACAUUGUCCUUUGAGAGGAGAGUGAAUAUGUUGCGACUGGCACAUCAACCAAAGACUCCACGACCUCCAAAACAUACCUCUGCCAUGGCUUCAGUUUCCUCUUCUUUCAAUAAUAUGAAUCCACCUGCUGCUACACCUCAAGCAAAGAAGGUGAGAAUGAAGAGCAUCAAGAACAUGAAUACACCAACCAUGCACAAACAGUUGAAUAGCUCUGUGUUGAAAUAA